AUGUCAAUUAGCACUGUCUCACAUGUCGCUCUUAUACUACUAAAAUUGACGUCAUGCUGUGUAUGUUAUAACAUCCUGGUUUACAAUCCACAAGUUGGACACAGCCAUGCGGGUUUCUGGAGUAGUGUUGCAGAUCAUUUAGUUGAAGCUGGUCAUAAUGUUGUGAGUUACAUUCUCAGAAAAGGAAAACAACAUUUCUCCAUUCACACUGUUUAUUCACCAGCGUACAAUGAGGAUGUGAAGCCGACUGGUGCGAAACUUGCUACUGUUUUAUCGCGUCCACGUCAAAAAAACUUGUAUUUAAACCUUACCUCUCUCGCAGGUUUAUUUUGGACUGCAAGUGGCAUGAAUAUCGUGCAAAUGAAAGAAGUAAUUUUAUUGCCUUUUUAUCAGAUAAACGACGUUAACAUCAUCAACACGUUGAAUAGAACUACAUAUGAUGUUGGUGUGACGGAGCUCAUAAGCUCCUGUGGCUUCGUCAUCAUUGAAAAGCUCAACAUACAGAAUUAUGUAAGUGGAUUUGCGACGAAUCUAAUGGAAAUGACAACAGCACCGUUUCAAUUCGAAAAUGUUCCUAGCUAUGUUCCUGCAACCAUGACUCAUUUGGACGAAGAGAUGAGCUUCUCUGAAAGGCUUUUCAAUUUUGGCACCUUAAUUGGGUCCAGAGUCUUGAUGGAACUCUUUGUUAAUUCUAAGCUGUCCUACGAAGAACUUGUCCCCAAUUUUCGGCUUCAAGAAAAAAUUGCACACAGCACCUAUGUCUUUAUCAAUUCUGAUAUCCACCUAGAAUUUCCAAGGCCGCUUGACCCAAGGAUUAUACACCUCGGUAGCAUAGGCGUUCGUGACCCAAAACCUUUGAGUCAGGAUUUCGCACUCAUGUUGGAUGGUUUCAAUGGCCCUGUGGUGGUGAUUGCAUUUGGUUCUGUGGUUCAGAGUUGCGAUAUGCCUAAUGAUAUUUUAAAUGCAUUUUUGGGAACGUUUUCUAAUUUUCCAGAGGUCCUAUUUCUUUGGAAAUACGAGAAAAAUAGUAGUCUUGCUAAUGGUAUGACAAAUGUAGUGAAACGUAACUGGCUGCCACUGAAUGAUCUUUUUGCUCACGAAAAAGUUCGUCUAUUUGUAUCGCACUGCGGCUUAAAUAGCUUAGUCGAAACUUCAUCUGCUGCGGUUCCAAUGCUUUGCAUACCUCUAUAUGGUGAUCAAAUGAGAAACGCAAAGAUUGCCAAGAAUUUGGGAAUUGCACACGUAUUGGAUAAAACAAAAAUAAGUAUCGCUGCACUUUCGAAGGCCUUAAGAGAACUUUUAUUUAAUUCAAAGUAA